AAUCCAGCUGUAGUCCGGCCUAAGCCCUCUCUAAUACUCCUUGAAGAGCUGAGUUGUCAAUAACAUAAUCCCCAAAGAGAGGAAAAAAGGUGAGGAAAAAAUGAGUGUGAUCGACAUUUUGACUCGGGUGGAUGCGAUCUGCAAGAAGUAUGACAAAUACGACAUUGAAAAGCAGAAGGAUUCCAACGUUGCCGGCGAUGACGCAUUCGCUCGCCUUUACGCCGCCGUAGACUCCGACAUCGAGGCUGCUCUUCAGAAAGCGGAGACUGCUGCGCAGGAGAAGAGUAGGGCGUCAGCUGUGGCGAUCAAUGCGGAGAUUCGGAGAACGAAGGCCCGGUUGUUGGAGGAGGUCCCCAAACUGCAGAGAUUAGCUGUCAAGAAGGUUAAGGGGCUUUCAACAGAAGAAAUUGCUGCCCGUAACGAUUUGGCACUUGCAUUGCCUGAUAGGAUUCAAGCGAUACCAGAUGGUGGUGCAGCUGCACCCAAGCAACCAGGAGGUUGGGGAACUUCAGCUCCUCGUAAAGAAAUUAAAUUCGAUUCAGAUGGACGGUUCGACAGUGAAUAUUUUCAGCAAACUGAAGACUCAAGUCAGUUCAGACAAGAGUAUGAAAUGCGGAAAAUGCGACAGGACCAAGGUUUGGAUGUCAUAGGAGAAGGUUUGGAUACUUUAAAAAACAUGGCCCAUGACAUGAAUGAGGAAUUGGACAGGCAAGUUCCUCUGAUGGAUGAGAUUGACACCAAGGUGGACCAGGCAACAUCUGACCUUAAAAAUACCAAUGUUAGACUUAAGGACACUGUUAACCAGUUUUGUACCAGCUGCGAUCUAGUCGAAAUUUUUGUAUCGACAUCAUUUUGCUCUGUAUUAUUCUUGGUAUUGCAGCCUAUUUAUACAAUGUAUUGAAGAAGUAAAAAGUGGUUUCAAGUGCUUACAGAUGGUACCGUUUGACUUUUUUGUAUUGGUUUCAAGAGCUUCCAAAUGGUACCGUACAAUGAUUUCAAUUUCUUCUGCAUUUUGAGAUGUUGCUGUGUGCUUGGUUGUAUAUUUUUAUUAGAUUAUAAUGUUCAUGAGUUUUCGUGUGUAAAACAUGCCUUCUGCUUUGGAAAUACUAGAUAAUUCGUUGUGUAUUACAGUGACAUUUCUUGAUUCUCCUUUCGCUCUAUAUCGAUACUUGUAUUCAAAUGUGUAACAUUUUUAGUGAGAUUUUAAUUUCAAAUUUUUAUCUACUGGGAUA